GGCUCGGGGGGGCUCAGUGCGGUGUUACCCGCUCUGCCCAGGGCAUUGGCAGGCCCUGCAAGCGGAUCCUGGUGUGGUGCUCAUGUUCAUCCCCAUGCAAAGCUGGCCCUGCUUGCAUGCACGUGUGUGUGAGUUGCAUGCAGCGUGUCCCCUGUGUCCGUGUCCAGUGGUUCUUGCUCCUGUCCCCAUGAGUGCCCCGCUCUGCUUAGCCGUUCCAUCCUGCCGUGGGUCCCUCAUUGCAGCCGUACCCAACAGUCCAUCAGGAGACCUUGCUCCAGCCCCUCUUCUCUCCGCAGCCGGUGACCUGCCAGGAUGGCGGUGCUGGGGGGCUACUGUGAGGGCAACAGCUCCAUCACCCAGGCCUGGGUCCAGCAGGGCUUCCAUCCCUGCUUCUUCUUCACACUGGUGCCGGCCGUGCUGCUGAGCGUCUGCCUGCUGCUGGGCGCCCUGCAGUACGUCUGCUACGUCCGCUUCGGCCGCGCCAUGGAGCCCAAGUACAUCCCCCGCUCCCGCCUCUACCGCGGCCAGGUCCUGCUGUCCCUGCUCCUGGCCCUGCAGCCCUUCGGCGGGCUGCUGUGGCAAGCUGGGGGGCCGGGACGGCUCUACGGGUACAUGUUGCUGCACGCCUGCCUCUGGGCCCUCAGCUGGGGCUGCGCCAGCGUGCAGUUCUGCUUCUGGCUGCUGCGUUACAUCUGCACGUUCAUGCUCUUCAUCCUGGGCAUGAAGGCCCCGGGGCUGCCCCGCAAGCCCUACAUGCUGCUGGUCAACGAGGAGGAGCGGGAUGUGGAAAACAGCCAGCCGCUCCUGCCUGACGCCAGCAGGACCACCUCCACCUGGAAGGAUUUCCGGAGAAAGCUGCGGCUGCUGGUGCCAUACAUGUGGCCGAGGGGCAACCACCUGCUGCAGGGGCUGGUGCUGUUCUGCAUGGCACUCAUGGGGCUGGAGCGGGCCAUCAAUGUCUUCGUCCCCAUCUACUACAAGAACAUCGUGAACGAGCUGACGGAGGGCGCUCCCUGGCACACCCUAGCCUGGACUGUCUGCAUCUAUGUGGGGCUCAAGUUCCUGCAGGGCGGAGGUGCUGGCUCCACCGGCUUCGUGAGCAACUUGCGCACCUUCCUGUGGGUGUGGGUGCAGCAGUUCACCAACCGGCAGGUGCAGGUGCAGCUCUUUGCCCACCUGCACGGGCUGUCCCUGCGCUGGCACCUGGGGCGUCGCACCGGCGAGGUCCUGCGCAGCGUGGACCGGGGCACCAGCAGGAUCAACAGCCUGCCCAGCAAGUACCGGCGGGACAUGAACACGCGGGACAACGAGGCCAAGUCCCGGGCCGUGGACUCGCUCCUCAAUUUCGAGACGGUGAAGUACUACAAUGCGGAGAGCUAUGAGGUGAACCGCUUUAAUGAUGCCAUCAUCAAGUACCAGGUCUCGGAGUGGAAGGUCAGUGCCUCGCUGGGCCUCCUCAACCAGACCCAGAACCUAGUCAUUGGCCUGGGGCUGCUGGCAGGGUCCCUGCUCUGCGCCUACUUCGUCACCGAAAACAAGCUGCAGGUGGGGGACUUUGUCCUCUUUGGCACCUACAUCAUCCAGCUCUACACGCCACUUAACUGGUUCGGGACUUAUUACAGGAUGAUCCAGAACUCCUUCGUGGACAUGGAGAACAUGUUCGAGCUCUUCCACGAGGAGCAGGAGGUGAAGGAUGCAGUGAACGCAGGCGACCUGCACUUGGAGGCCGGGCGGAUCGAGUUUGAGAACGUGCACUUCAGCUACGUGGAUGGGAAGGAAAUCCUGCAGGACGUCUCCUUCUCUGUGAUGCCCGGGCAGACCCUGGCCCUGGUGAGAGCAGGACCUUGGGGUGGGCCUGGGGCGGCGCCAGAGGGCUGCGUGGUCCCGGCAGGACCCCGCCAUGCAGCAGAGCCCUGGUCCCCAUCCCUGUCCCGGAGGGCACCAGCACAGCACGUUCCUGCCCUUGUGCCUGCAGGAUACAACACCCAAGUGGGGGAGCGGGGGCUGAAGCUGAGCGGGGGGGAGAAGCAGCGCGUCGCCAUCGCACGCACCAUCCUGAAGGGUCCCCGCAUCAUCCUGCUGGAUGAGGCCACAUCUGCACUCGACACGGAGACCGAGAGGAACAUCCAGGCCUCCUUGGCCAAGGUCUGCGCCCACCGCACCACCAUCGUUGUUGCACAUAGGCUCUCCACCGUGGUGGGCGCAGACCAGAUCCUGGUGCUCAAGGAUGGGCGCAUCGUGGAGCGAGGGAGGCACGAGGAACUGCUACAGAAGGGUGGCAUGUAUGCCAGUAUGUGGCUGCAGCAGCAGGCCGGGGACGAGGGCGAGAGCAAGGAGCGCCGCACCGAGAAGCCCCUGGGCAGCAAGAAGGGGCUGUGAGCACAGCUGGAGGCUGCGCUGUGAUGCUGACCCAGGGCCCAGGCCCCCAUGCUGCCAGGGAGCCCUUUGCUGGCUGUGCCCCGGGGCCCCGUGUGCCCCGGCAGCUGCAGGGGCUGGGUUGGACACUCCACUACGUUUGUAUCUGUUUGUUUUGCUGUUGUGUAGUUUCUUAAACCAGGUCCUUCCC